UUUCCAUUCAAGAACACUGGCUCGGCCAGAUUUGUGGCAGUCUUAGGUAGGGAAUCCAGGCGCGGCUUGAGCGUUAGGUUCUCUCCUUUGAGCAUGGCUGCGAUUCUAGGGUCUCUUGCUCGGUCGAUUCUUUCUUCUAGAGCAUGAGGAAGGUUUUUCGAUCCAACGAUGGCGCUGGUGAUCGGCGCGGCUGCAUGGUGUGCUAGGACGCUGCUCGUCCUUGUCCCGCUCGAAAUCCCCAUUCUCGGCGGCAACGCGGACGUGAGCGGCGGCAAUAUGAGCAUUUGUGUCCCGGAGAAUAGGCGCGAAUGGAUCCGCCAAGGAGAAUCGCUCGUCAGAUCCUCGAUCGGGCGGGCGCUCUGCCAGGUCUUGGAUCUCGUGAUCGACAUCCCCGUAACGUCGCGCAAGUAUGAAUUCGCUCGCUCCCUGGCGGACAGGAUCCUCGCGGACAACUCCCGCUAUGGCGGCCCGGUGCUCAAGGAGAUCAACAUCCGUGCGCUGGAAGGGGGAUUCUCCCGGACUGUCUUCCUGCUCACCAAGUGCCUGGCGCGCUUGCAUCGCCAACAGCAGGUCGAGGCGUGGGCGUGGCCGUGGAGAAUGCUCAAAGAUCUCCCAUUCUCGCUCAUCUUCCACUGCCUUCCACCGCUGCUCACGUCCCUCAAGGACGGAUUUGGCACCGCGCUACACAACCCACUCAUGCAGAUGAUCGUUCCCGCGGGACUGUCGAGCGCCUGCGAUGGCGGCAGCAGCAGUAGCAGCGAGAUCGUGGCGGAGAAGCUGGCCAACGAGCUGCUGUGGAUGGCGCAGCGCCUCAAGCAAAACUCGGCGCUGGAGGUUGCCAUACUCCACUGGAGCUCCGCCACCCAACUAGCCCAGUGGUCUCUCACUUCCAGCUCUAGAGUCCAAAAGCUCCUCGUCAAGCUCUCAGCGUUUCUUUGUGCUGGGCUCGUUUCGCUGGAUGUGGAGCUCCAGCCCGAGGUAACUCUGCGAUUGUUGCUUCUCUGGCUGCCGCUGCUGUGUAGAACCAGCCAUGCAAUCGACGAGACGACGCUGAGCUCCUCGGAUAAGAUCGACACGGAGCAAAUCCUGUCCAAAGUCAUCCAGCGCCUGCCCGAUUCUUACCAGGAGCUUGUUCUCGCGAUGUGGCUCACCGAGUACGUUGGUUCCUCGUCCGACUGGCCAAACAUCCAAGGCUGCUACCACGGCUGGUGCCAGUCGACCCGCAAGCUCUACUAUUGAUGAGAAUAAGUAUUCUUUGAUAUUGUUCGCGAGAAGAGGUACGUAGGAUUUCCUGUAAGUAUUUGAAGCGGUUUAAUGUCCAUUGGUGUGUUUUUGCGUUCUUAUAA